AUGUCCCUCUCCGCAGACCUCACAACACAAGAAAAGCUGCUACUGUCACAAGCAAUCUACAAGCUCGGGGCUUUCUCCUGGCCCCAGGUCUCAGACUUGCUGCUCGUCCACCCGUCUAUCAAACCGCGGCCCAAGGAGCUCUUCACACCGGAUAGAUGCGAGGCUAUGUAUAAAGAGAUGAUGGGGGUCAUUGGUAUCAACGUCCCCACACCGGACGGCAUGAAACCUCACACCAAAUCCCACCUCCGCCUCGCCCAAACGCACUACAUCGCCCGCAUGUCCGAGCUCCACGCCCAAAUUGCCGCACACGAAUCCCGCUUCACAGCCCUCGUUACCGAAGUGACAUCACUCAAGUCUGGGGAUCUGGAUGAUGCGCUCAAGAGGGAGAUUGUGGAAGGGCUGGAGAAAAAGUUUGGAAAGAAGAUUAUGGAUGGAUGGUUGGAGGGAGAGGGGAAGGGGCAGAUCCUGAAGGCGGUGGAAGCUGGGGAGGUGAAGGCGGGAGAGGUCGACCCGGAAGAAGAAAAGAAGAGGAAGGAGAAGGAGGCAGAGAAAGCCAAGGUCGCGGCUGCCAAAGCUAAAGAAGCGGAAGAAGCUGCUAAAGCGCAAGCUGAAGCCGAGGCUGCUGAAGAGGCUGAAAAGGCAAAGGCUGCUGAGCAAGCCGCUAAAGAAGAAGCCGCAAAGGCAGAAGCUGCCAAAGCCGCCGAGGCUGUCCAGGAUGCCAGCGAAGACGUCGAAAUGAAGGAAGCCACGCUCGAGACUCCACCAAAAGAUGCCACUCCUGAGAAGGAAGCAGUCAAGACUCCCGAACCCACCGAGGACAUCUCUCCCGCCCAAUCCCCUCUCUCCCCGGCUCCAUCCGACCUUUCUCCCAUCAAACCAGAGCCUGCCCCAAAGAGGUCACACAAGCGCAAAGCAGCUUCCCAGCCAAGGGGUGCCCCUGCUGGUAAGAGGAGUGGACGUCGAGGCGCUGCGGCGGCAGCUGAAGCGGAAGAGUCGGAAGGAGAGGAGGAAGAGCACUCGGACGAGGAAGGUGAUAAUGAAGAGGAACAGCCUGCCACCCGAGGUCGUCAGGGAAAGCGCUCCUCUCCCGCCAAACCGUCUCUUUCGCCAACAAAAGAAGGAUCGCCCGCCAACUCUCGCCGUGCUCCGUCCGUCUCUUCUACCAACUCUGCUACGCCGGGCGAAGAGCGCCGAAGUACACGACGAGGGGCCGCGUCUCGCAGGGGCAAACGAGAGGUCUCCAAGCCUGUUCGUGACCAAACAGUCGAGAGGGAGGAGGAAGACAACACCUCUGUCGCGGGCGAAGACCACGAAGAACCCCGCAAAGCCACCCGCGCCUCCCGCCGCAAGUCUGGUGCUGUCGAAGCCGCCACCCCUACCCCCUCUGCCACCGAGCGCCGUGGCACAAGGUCUACAGCAGUAGUCCCCCCCCGGCUAGGUCAUCGCGAAGUGGCCGCAAGUGAGCUGUCUGUGGCAGGUGGGCAAGAUGAGGUGGCAGUCAAGGAGGAGGCCGCGGGAUUUUCGACGACUCUUGCUCCUCGCGUCGCGAAAAGGUCUUCCAAGCCCUUCUUGAUGGCUCUCUUUGAGAUUAUCCUGUCUCACAAGUUUUCCAACGUCUUUGAGACUCCUGUUCGCAAGAGCGAGGCUGCGGACUACUAUGACGUGAUAAAAAAGCCGAUGGACUUGAAGACUGUCAAGGCUGGGAUCAAGAAUGGGAGGAUCGGAAGCAUCGAUGAGCUCGAGAGGGAUGUCUUGUUGAUCUUUUCGAAUGCGAUGAUGUACAACGCUCCAGAUUCACAAGUCUACGGGAUGGCAAAGGACAUGAUGAAGGAUUGCGAGGGGCACUUCGUGCAUUAUAGGAACAUGGAGAUGGAGAUGGGCGGGGACGGGGCUUAG